AUGAACCGAUUGUUCGGCACCCGGUCCAAGGACCCCAAGGCCGACGCCAUCGCCGAGCUCAACAGAGUCAGCGCCAGUGCCAACGAGAGUCUCGAGUCCAAAGAAACAAAAAUUGCCGCUCUCGAUGCGAAGCUGGCGGUCGUUAGCUCCAAAAUGAGAAAACUGCCCCCCGGGCGCGCCAAACAAAGGCUCCGGGAGGAGGCCAUCGAGAUCCUGCGGGAACGCAAGCUCUAUGAGAAUCUGCGCAAAAAUUACAAGGGGCAAUUGUGGACCAUGGACAACGCGCGUGGCAUGACGGAUAGCUCGGCAAAUACGAUCGCGGUGGUGGGUGCAUUGAAUACGGCGAACAAGAACCUGCGCAAGCAGUUGGGCAAAGUGGACCUGGACAAGAUUGACAAGAUACGUGACGAGCUCGACGAGCUGCAGUACUUGAACAACGACAUCCAGGAAGCACUCAGUUGGGACGUUCCCGAGGACGUGGACGAGGACGAGCUGGAUGCCGAGCUGGAGGCGCUGGGCCAGGACGUGGAGCUGGAGGCCGAGAUGGGCGCGGCGACCGGUGUACCCAGCUUCAUGCAAGACGAGGUGCCCGAGUUCAUCGACGAGGCACCCGAGACCGAAGGCAAGGUCCAAGAGGUGGCUCGGUAA